AUGGAGGAGGCGUAUAAGCAGUACGCGAAUCAGGCGCGUCGUAAGAACCGCUCCAGCACAAACCUGAACCACCUCUCUCUCGCUCCCUUCACCUCGAGGCUGCCCCUCCAGGACGAUGACGCCCUUCCCGAUCACCUUAUCUCGCCCGCUCAUAGCACCUCCUACUUGCAGGGCAAAUCUGCUCCUACUACGCCGGGCCUCCUGACUCGCUCACCGGCCCGAUCAAACUCCCAAGCUCGCCGCGCAUCCGUACCGCACGCCGAGUUGCCCAAAAGCAAAUCCGCUACCCACUUGGCUCCCGCCGCCAACGACCGCAAAGCCCACUACCGAAAGUCCGUCUCCGGAACGACAUCGCCAACGGUACGCCGGCGCAAGGAUGAUUUAGCCGCCCGGGAUCCCGACGACAGUGACUGGCUUCUGCGAACUGGCGCCCUUAUCAGUAACGAGAGCCGCGAAUUCAAGGGCCAGGCAUGGUUGGUUUCGAGGGCGAGCUCUACGAGCCUGACAGGCAUGCGUGAUGGCGAGGACGAGGCGUUCGAGAGAGAACUAGCCCGCGAGCGGGAGUUAGCGAGCCGGCGUGGUAGCCGACGCGGUAGUAUUGCCGACAUGGACGGGGCAUAUACACAUUCAGCUCGUCCGAGUCGUCCUGGAAGCCGGUCAGCCAGUAGGGUAGGCCCGCGAAGCCAGAUGAUGACGCCCAUGGAGCGACACUCGGACGAGGGAUACUUUCCCCGUCACCAUGAGGGUGAGGACGUCAUUCCCGGUCCCGACUUCGUCAAUUUGGACGAGAAGCUCGAGGCUUUCGACUUUGAUACUACCCAAGACGAUGAGGCGGCCGUUAGAAAGCUCGUCAAAGGUGAACGAGCAGGUGCUGCAUCUUGGAUUAGCAAUGUCAUGGGGUGGCCACUAUUUGCGGUUGAAGAAAACGAGGAAGAGACAGAUGAUGAAGACGGAGAAUUUGGACAUGAGGCUGAUGAGGCGCAGGAGCUCCGCUCGUGGUCGGCACGGCAUUUUGAGGGCGUGUCCAACACCCCGGAAGAGCGGAUUCCGCCCCCAAAGGCUAACGAGGGUGGUUGGCAGGAUGCAGCAUGGUUGCUCAGCGUAGCGACCAAAGUAUUGCUCUAA